UUCACAUUUACAAGUCAGAGUAGAACUGCGGCUGCCCUCUCAGUCUGCCUGCAGCGGUUCUCUGUACUGCUUUAUCACUAUGGGGCAAAUUGUUCUCACGAGUAAAUCCUCUCUGCUCCUGCUGCUGGUUUCCAUUCCAGGCGUCCUCCUCCAGAGACAGGAGAGCUCCUCCCACCCCCCCCUCAGGCCUGCUGAGGCUCAAAUCUAUCAGCCGGCCUUGCAACCCUCUGAGUCCAUCCCCCCUAUAGGGACCUACAUGCUGAGAAACCAAGCAGGGGAGCCGUGCGUCAAAGUCACUUUAGGAGUCGAGUACAUUGUGGUGGAAAAAAUGAAGUCCUGGUAUUUCAGCAUGGAUCCAACCAGAGUUGGGACCAGCGGUUACUGUACCAACAACUUGGCUGUUCUUUCCCUCAUGCUGCCACACAGCUCUGCUGGUCUGCAGUUCACCUUCAUGAAGGAAAAGAAGACUUUCUAUGUCCAGCAGCUCGAAGCUCACAUAUCUCCUCAGCCCAUCUGUGAAAAAUGUGCCAAUAAGACGUACGUGGGGCUGCUGGCUCAGAAGAAGCUCUUCGUCACGUCAGACGGCCAAAGCUUCAAGUGCGCCUCUGAGACUCUGCUUGUGUUGUCGCCUCAGCUGAAGAUCAAGCUGGUUCCUCUGCAGAUGCAGGCCUUCAGUCUGCCCAGAGGAGCGUACGGAACAGAGCUGGAGUGUUGGGCUGAUUAUAACAAGAGAGUAAUUCCUAUUGUCAUCGGCGCCGUGGUGGUGGGUCUCCUCCUGAUUGCUAUGCUGACUUUCCUCUUCAUCAAAGACCGCCGCACGCAAGAUUAUGAGAGGCUCUGAAUGUGCUCUGAAACCACCACUCAGACUUACUUCCAGCCUUUUUUUUUCUGAGAAAGAAAAGAAUCAUAUGAGGAAUUCUUUAAAGAACUAGUUAAGUAACUUCAGAACUUUAAGCAUUACUUCUUAGAUUGUGUGUGAUAAAACUUCAAUCUGUUUUUAAAGUGGUUUUCUUUUUCAAGGUUUUUCUUUUAAUGAACUUGAUUUGAUACUUUUUUAGAUUUUUUUUGUGUGUCAUCUUGUAUUCUGUCUUAACUAAUAUUUAUCUCAUUUUUUUAUUCUGUUUAUGUACCGCAGACAGUUUGAAAAGU